AUGUCCAAAAGUCAAAAUCAAAGUGAUCUUCCUGAUGGUCUUCUUCCCGUUGUCGAUUUGGAUGUGUUCCUUACGGACCCAGAGAGUUCUGCAGCCCAAGCUGAGUGUACCAAGGCAGCAGAAGCACUUGUCACUUUUGGUGCACUUAUCGUGCAUGACACACGAGUCACCGAGGAGCACAACGAGACCUUCUUAUCGCUCCUUGAGGAUUACUUUGCCCAAUCUACCGAGAUUCUACAACAAGACGAGCGACCGCACUUUGGGUAUCAGGUCGGAGUGACUCUCGAGAACACUGAGAAACCAAAAUGCGCCGUCGACGAGCCCUGUUUACGAAUAAUCGAAAGGCUGGCACCAAGCGAGAGGCCACUGGACAUCCGUGGCCACCACCCGGACCCGAAGUGCAGAUUCUUUUGGAAAAUGCAAACGCCUCCUCCAUACCCAACUGCAUUUCCUUCGCUAAAUAUGCCCAAUGUGAUCCCCGCGAGAUUUGCCGAUACUUGGCAAAGCACGCUCGAGGCGUGGGGUCUCAAAAUGAAAGAGGCUGUGGAGGCUGUGGCGCGCAUGACGGCUACUGGCCUUGGGUUAGAGCGCGAGGCAUUCACUGAUGCCGGUAAAUAUGGACCCCAUUUACUCGCGCCCACUGCAAGCGACUUGAUAAAGUAUGGCAAGAAAGAUACAAUCUUGGCCGGUUUCCACUCGGACCUGAACUUCUUGACAAUUCAUGGCCGCUCACGUUACCCUGGGCUGCAUGUCUGGGCACGCAAUACCGGGCGCCGCAUUCCAGUCAAGGUCCCAGCGGGAAGGUACCUACUCGUACAAGCUGGGAAGCAACUGGAGCACCUAACGGGCGGGUUGGUCAAGGCCGGAUACCACGAAGUUGUCGUCAACGACGGAACACUUGGGGCCAUGGAACGUAUGAAAACGCAGAACCCGACACGCCCGCUAAUUCGAAUUUCGUCUACGUUCUUCUGGCACCUUUCUUCGGACUUUGACUUGAAACCUAUUCCACAGCUUGCGGAAGCCGCAACCUUAAGGAAUGCAUUGGAGGAGGACAAAGUCAACUAUGAGCCAAUGAAGGUUGGGACGCAAGUCGAGAAUGAACUGAAGCACAUUGCACUCAUGGCAUAG